CGCUCGGAAUACCAUCGCUUACGAGAUCAGCAACAACGAAACUUACCUGAACAACGAAACUCUGCUUUAUAACGCAUCAAUGAACGAAGACUAUAUCUUCGACAGAACCGAUGUGAAAGUAAUCUUCAUCACUUUGUACACCAUUGUAUUCGUCUGCUGCUUCUUCGGUAAUUUGAUGGUGAUCUUCGUGGUGACGUUCUCCCGACGAUUACGCAGCAUCACGAAUUUCUUCCUGGCGAAUCUGGCGGUGGCUGACUUCUGCGUCGGCAUAUUUUGCGUCUACCAGACACUCACGAAUUAUCUAAUGAACAGCUGGCAAUUAGGCGACUUCCUGUGCAAGGUGUACAUGUUUGUGCACGCGCUUUCGUACACGGCCAGCAUACUGAUUCUCGUGAUAGUGUGCACCGAGCGCUACCUGGCCAUCGUGCAUCCUAUCAAGUGCCGAUCCAUGCUGACCAGGAGCCGUCUCAGGAUGGUGGUAGGCGUAGUGUGGGUCAUCGCGGCCGUAUACGCUUCACCGAGAUUCCUCUACGUCGAGACCAUCAGCAAUCGCUUGAACACGGGCGACGUCGACAUUAUCUGCAUAGCCAACAUCAAGAAACACAACAAGAACGUUCUGGAUGCAGUAAAUCUUGUCUUUCUCUACCUCCUGCCGCUGAUUCUCAUGUGCUGCCUCUACACUAGGAUAGCUGUCGGCCUUUGGAGGAGCGGCGCCACUCUUGGUGGACCCGGUCUGGUCGCACGAACCAGAAACGGUCGGGUCCACCACGUGCAUACAUCCAGCAGAAAUGUCCUGAGGGCGAGACGUGGCGUAAUCAGAAUGUUGAUUGCAGUGGUAAUGAUGUUUGCCGUAUGCAACCUGCCGCAGCAGGCGCGCAUCGUUUGGCGUCACUGGGGUGCGAAUUACGAUCGCACGUCCGACUUCAGCACCCUGCUGACCGUGUCGACCUUCCUGAUUUCGUACAUGAACUCCUGUCUGAACCCGCUACUGUACGCCUUUCUGUCGCGCAACUUUCGCAAGGGUAUGCGCGAGCUACUGCAUCACAGAGGUCGGCGGCGACGUCGCGGCAGCGCCCUGGCGAUGGCGUGCACCAGCGGCGACCACAAUCGCCACGAGAACGGCGUGAGUACGAAUCUGCCCCAGAGCUCGGUCGUACGACUGAGCUCCGUGCAAGACAGCCCGUGCAUCACGCAGACCAUCACCCGGCAGAGCAUUUACUGCAAAAACACCUAGUGAAACUAAACUGCGUCUCUUACGGAUGGGAGUGGAUCGCGAAGCUUCUUUACACAGGGUAUUCCAGAAUGACAGCUGAUGGAACAUUUUCUCAGGGAGAGCGCACGAUGUGCUGUUGGAACGUUUAUUUCAAAGCGGUUCGCUUAUUUCGAAGAGCCUGAAUAAUGUAUUGGACUUAUUUGCAUUUGGAAUUCAAAUUAAUAAUUAAUUGAUUGAUCAGUCAAACAAUUUACUGCGCGUGUAAAGCGCAGUCUGGAGCACCCUGUAUAACGGAUAGUUCUCAAUUGCCAAACGUCUCGACAAGAUGAACAUUUUAUCGUUGGAGGAAAAUAUCUUCUUCAACGUUCAAACUAUUUUCGUCACAUUCGAUAUGAAAGAGCUCUCAAUUUAAAGGUAUUCUAACUCUCGAAUAUUGAGAUUGAUUUUAACAAGAUACUUUUCAGAAUUUCAAUCUGAUUUACAUUUAAACUUAAUUUCUCGAUUUUUGAAUUGCAAAACAAAUUGUCUCGAGGAGCACGAAGGUCUUGCAGCUCAAUUUUUUACCGAUAUGCGUAAUGCUGGAUUCUUAAUCCGGGUUUAUAGUCACAGGAAUAGCCACGUUUUGGGAACAAGAUACCUCGAUAGAGAUAGUGCAUUGCAUAAGCAAGCAAGCGAGAGAGAGAGAGAGAGAGAGAGAGAGAGAGAGAGAG